AUGGAUUCAUCAAGUGGUGAAUUUGUUUGUAAAACAGAUUUUGAAACAUCAGAUGUAGUAUUAGGUCUUUUAUUAACAGUUGGUAUUGUUAUAUCCUUUUUACCACAGAGUACUAAUUUUUUUAUUAUUAUUAUUAUUAUUAUUAUUAUUAUUAUUAUUAUUAUUAUUAUUAUUAUUAUUAUUAUUCUAAAGGUGUUUGUUAUGAUAUUCAGAAAGAAUGUAGAUGGUUUAUCAGUAAUUAUGUGUUGGUUGAAUUUUGUCAAUUUCACUCAAUUAGCUCCACCAUUUUUAUGUUCAUUAGUAAUAUUUAUAUUAUAUGUUAUAUAUAGACCAAAACCAUCAACAAAUAGAGGUGAUAUUCAAAAUAGUGGAGAAGUUUCAAAGAUUAAUCCAGAGAAUCCACCAAUUAAUUAUACAAAUCCUAAUCCAAUUAAAAAUAGUAUUAAUAAUAUUGAUGAAAAUAUGACAAUUAGUUUAAAUACUGACGAUGCUAUUGAUAUUGAAAAUAAGGAUAAUAGUAAUAAUAAUAAUAAUAAUAAUAAUAAUAGUAGUAGUUGUGCACCAAGUAGUAGUUCAGGAAUUUGCGGUAGUGGUGGUGUAGGUAGUGAAAGUCCAGGUUCAACAACAAGUUCACAAUCAAGUGUUGGUUUAUCACCAUUAUUAUCAUCAUCAUCAACUAAAAAAAAGAGUCCAGUAGAAGAAUUUAUUUUAAGAAUGGAUUGGCAUUCUCAACCUUUCUUUUGGGGUAGUAUUUUCCUUACUUUGGUUUUAUUUGGUAUUGGUGUUGGCAUUGUAUAUAGCUAUGGUGCAGAAUCAAAAGUUCUCACUCAUUAUUGUUUUGCUUGUGGUAUUUUCGCUUUGGUUUUAGUUUUCCUUCAAUGGAUACCUCAAAUUUAUACAACUUGGGUCACAGAUGAAAUUGGUAGUUUAAGUUUAGUUUCAGUUUGUAUUCAAGCACCGGGUUCAUUUUUAGUUGUAUAUUUCCAAAUUGAAGCUAAACAAGAUUGGUCUACUUGGGUACCUUAUUUAGCAACUGGUAUUCAAAUGAUAGUUUUAAUUUGCAUUUGCGUUUAUUACUUAAUUAGGGAUAGAAAAAAGAAUAAAAAAUUAAAAAAACAAGAAAAAGAUAAAAUCAGUUCCAAUCAAAAUAUUGAAAAUAAUAAUAUUACUGAAAAUUAUCAAACAGAAGUAAUUAAUAAUUAA